AUCUGGGCUACUCAAGUUAUCUUGAUGGGUGCCGUCGAGGGCUACCGUGUCGCCGGCGGGCCUCUUGGUGAGGUGACAGACCCACUCUACCCCGGCGGCAGCUUCGACCCACUUGGCCUUGCUGAUGACCCAGAGGCUUUCGCUGAGCUCAAGGUGAAGGAGAUCAAGAAUGGCAGAUUGGCCAUGUUUUCCAUGUUUGGUUUCUUUGUCCAGGCCAUUGUGACUGGCAAGGGUCCAUUGGAGAACCUUGCUGACCACCUUGCAGAUCCUGUCAACAACAAUGCCUGGGCCUACGCCACCAACUUUGUCCCUGGAAAGUGAGUGAGAGUGGGGAGAGAAUUAUUCUUUCAAAAGAACAAAGCGUGUAGGAAGCUGUUGAGAAUGUGAGAUUAUUAAUGCUGGAGUAAAUUGGUGAAAAUUCAUGCAAAGAUGUGGAUUUUGUGAAUUAAUGCUGAAUACCUUCUUGUGUUUUGAUUCUUCAAUAACCUCUAGCAAUCAAUCUCUUCCUUGCCUGUUGUGAGUUUUUGGUUGGGGAACUUUUUCUUUCAA